AUGAGACGUCCCCGAAGUAGAAGCGGCAGCAGCAGCAGCAGCCGCAGCAACCGCAGCAGCCCUGAUGUCCUGCAGCAACAGCAGCAGCAGCGGCAGGAAAAAGAGUUUCUACUUAUUGAGUCUGACUUAAUAUUGCUGCAACUUUGCGAUUGUCUUUCUGCGGUUGUUUGGGGGCGUUGGAGCAGCAGCAGCAGCAACAGCCGCUGCUCCACGCUCAGCGGGGAGGCCCCCCUGCUGCUGCUGCUGCUGUUGCUGCUGGAGCUGCUGCUCUCGUUUACGGGGGAGCAGGCACUGCAGUAUCUAGUUUGUUGCUUCUUCAUAUUUCGAAAGCAAUUGCUUCUUUGUUGCUGCUGCCGCAGCAGCUCCACGGGCGGCAAGAGCAGCCGUUCUUGCUGCUGCAGUGGGGGUGUUCGCGGCAGCAGCAGCAGCAGCAGCAGCAACGCAUCGAAAUGCUUACGAUUCGCGUCCAUUUCACGCAACAGCAGCUCACUAUCGCAGACGCUUUCUGCCUCUGCCGCUGCAGCAAAAAGCCCCCCCGCCCCGAGCAGCAGCAGCAGUAGGAGCAGCAGCAGGAGCAGCGCCGUUUCAUUGCGGGGGCCUCCGCCAAGUUGCUGCGCAUUUUGGGGAGGCUCGCUGCAGCUGGCAAGAGCUUUUAAGCGGCAGCAAGAGCAGCAGCAGGAGAGCUGCUGUAGCUGCUGCAGCAGCAGCAGCAGUAGCAGCGGGGAAAGGGCGGCGUGA